UGGCAUGUUUUCGUUUCCGGGACUCUACAAGCUUGUUAGCUGGGAAUGGCGGAGACCUUCGAAGCGCUGUUGAAAGUUGUGAUAAUCGGAGACACGGCGGUCGGCAAGACCUGUCUCAUUCUCCGUUACACCCAGGACCUCUUCAGGGAGAACUUCCUCAGCACAAUCGGGGUUGACUUCAAGACUAAGACUGUAGAACUGAACGAUAAGAAGUAUAAGCUCCAGGUGUGGGACACGGCCGGGCAAGAGAGAUACAACACCAUACGAAAAGGCUUCUACAGAGGAGCCAAGGGUGUGGUGAUUGUCUAUGACAUAACUAAUCCAGACAGUUUCUCCCACAUCUCAAAGUGGAUCCACGACAUUUCAGCAAAUUGUGCAGAUGGUAACGACAAGCCGGUCCUAAUGAUCCUUGGCAAUAAGUGUGACCUCGACGACGAGAGACGGAUUCACACUGAGACUGCCAGUCAGGCUGCGCAAGAAUUCGACACAAUCUUUGCAGAAGUCAGCGCAAGAACCGGCCGUGGUAUAGAUGAGGCGUUUGAUGAGCUGGUAGACAGAAUGGUGAGAUUACACGAACAGAGAGAUAGCUUCAACUUUACUGACUCUAGCAUAAUGCUCAGAGACCACACAAUAAGUGCUGAACCACACGGUUGCAAAUGUUAACAGUGUGUGUAAAUACGUGUCUCCUUUUUAGUAUUAUACAAAUUUUUUUUACAGUGUUUGGUAUAAUUAUGUCCAUGGUCAUAUUUCAUACACAUAUAUACUUUGUGAUAUAAUGGUCUUGUGGAACUUGUGUGUGAUGGGUCCAAAAUAAUUUAUAUAACACUGACACAAAUAAAAGUGCUGUCUCCUGGCAGCGGACAACUUCUCUGCAUGGAUUAAUCAUGUGUGAGACUCUUGUGUCUUGGUCAAAGGACGGAGAUGUACCAUAAUGUUGUAUGUCUCAAGUGAUACAAAGGCUAUGUAUAUGUUACAGUCAGUUCAUAUGUCUGAGUAAUUGUCAAGUGUCACCAGUCAUUAUGGCAACGAAUUCCUCCUGAUUUACUGGAUAAUAGAAUGGAUAAAUAAUAUGGCAACGUUUGGUGGACGAAAUAAGCACUACAAAAGACACCUAUUCUUCUCCCAA